UUGCAGAUUCAGGAGUCUACUUACAAUCUUCACUCUUGCAUUCCCAGUGAAACAAUAUCCAAUCCCACGUAUCUUUCAACACGUUGCUUAGCCGAUCUAUCAUCCAUCGAGUGCUGUCGUCCUGGCGCCGAAGCUGCCUCGUGCACUAGCCCCGGAAUCUCAGUCUAUCAUUUGGCCAAACAGCUGCCACUGACUCAAUUAGUUAAACUACCCUACGCAACAGCCUCUUCUGCCACCAGUGUGGGCUCAUCAGAGGCUAAUUACUCCCUCUGUUAUAGGCAGGGCCAGCCAGGAAUCGCAUGCUCAAUAGCAUCAUCAACCUUUGUAGAAUCUAGCCUCGAAGGGGGCAAGGAAACAAAAUGCCACUAUCCUGGAAGCAUUAAUGAAGGAAAGUCAGUCCUCAAAGCUGAGCGGCAUGCAGGCGAUGUAGUUGAAGCAAGCCAGUCUGGAAGAAGUGGAGGUGUAAGAACAAGGGGCAAGGAAACAAAAUGCCACUAUCCUGGAAGCAUUAAUGAAGGAAAGUCAAUCCUCACAGCUGAGCGGCAUGCAGGCGAUGUAGUUGAAGCAAGCCAGCCUGGAAGAAGCGGAGGUGUAAGAACAAGUCUCUCGACGACUAGUCUUCGUAGGCUAUCUUCUUUCCAAGAUGGCCCCGGUUUGAGUGGUGGAGUGCCGAGUGACCUCUCUCAGUUUACUCUUAGAAAUGGUAAGAAAUGGUGGCGAAUUUUCCCCUUUCUCCUUAGUUCUAUAGGCGUUCAUUCAUGA